AUGGCCUGCUACCAUAGCAGUGCAUUCUCACUCAGGCAAAGAGCAAUUGGCAGCAGGGAUAGCGGUCGGUUCGCAAUGUUAGCAAACAAUAAUCUACAGAUUCUCAACAUCAAUAAAAGUGAGGAAGGUAUAUACAGGUGCGAAGGAAGAGUGGAGGCCAGGGGAGAAAUUGACUUCCGGGAUAUCAUUGUUAUUGUUAAUGUGCCACCAGCAAUCACAAUGCCACAGAAAGCCUUUAAUGCCACAGCAGAGAGAGGAGAAGAGAUGACUUUGUCAUGCAGGGCCUCGGGCUCUCCUGAACCCUCCAUUUCCUGGUCCAGGAAUGGUAAGCUCAUUGAAGAAAAUGAAAAGUACAUAUUGAAAGGAAGCAAUACAGAACUCACUGUCAGAAACAUAAUCAAUAGUGAUGGGGGCCCUUAUGUCUGCAGGGCCACAAAUAAGGCAGGAGAAGAUGAGAAGCAGGCAUUCCUCCAAGUCUUUGUACAGCCUCACAUAAUACAGCUUAAAAAUGAAACUACGUAUGAGAAUGGUCAAGUCACACUCAUAUGUGAUGCAGAAGGGGAGCCUAUUCCAGAAAUCACUUGGAAAAGAGCUGUGGAUGGCAUCACAUUUUCUGAAGGCGAUAAGAGCCCAGACGGCCGUAUCGAAGUCAAAGGGCAGCAUGGAAGCUCAUCACUGCAUAUUAAAGAUGUGAAACUGUCAGAUUCAGGGAGAUAUGACUGUGAAGCUGCAAGUAGAAUUGGAGGGCACCAAAAGAGCAUGUACCUUGAUAUUGAAUAUGCUCCCAAGUUUAUAUCAAACCAAACAAUUUAUUACUCUUGGGAAGGAAAUCCAAUCAAUAUAAGCUGUGAUGUGAAAUCAAAUCCACCAGCAUCAAUCCACUGGAGAAGAGAGAAAUUAGUUUUACCAGCUAAAAACACCACUAACUUAAAGACAUAUAGCGCAGGAAGGAAGGUGAUAUUAGAGAUUGCACCUACAUCUGACAAUGACUUUGGACGAUAUAAUUGCACAGCCACUAACCGUAUAGGAACAAGAUUUCAAGAAUAUAUUCUUGCUUUGGCUGAUGUGCCAUCCAGUCCCUAUGGAGUGAAGAUUAUAGAGCUGUCACAGACCACAGCCAAGAUUUCUUUCAACAAACCGGACUCCCAUGGAGGUGUGCCUAUUCAUCACUAUCAAGUGGAUGUCAAGGAAGUGGCGUCAGAAACCUGGAAAAUAGUACGCUCCCAUGGAGUUCAAAGUGAGUCAGUGAUUUCAAAGUGUAUUGAUUAA